CCUAUUUCUUGGGCUGAUGAAUAUGGCCCGUUCUGAUCUCGACCGCCUUGGACUUCUAUAUAUACAGUCUUCAUCAUCUCUUCUCGCCUGAUAUCGAUCAGGACCAUCAGGUCCCAGCAAAUUAUAACGCGAUCUUCAUCGGUAAUUCACGAAUAAACGAGGUUUUUUUGAGAUCGAUUUCACGGAAACAAAAUUUCCGAGCUUCUAUUUCAGGUGAUCUAAGGAUUUGGUAUUACUGUAAAAGGGUUUUGUAAGUAUGUCAAGUAAGAAAGAAGAGAAAUCUCAGGUUGCGGCGGAGAGGAUAAAGGCCGCAGCCUUGAGUGCGGCGAAAGGUUUAAGUAGAGCCCAAGCAGAACGGGCAGCAGCUGCUGCUGCUCGUAAUGUGAACGCUUAUGGGCAAAAGGAAGAAGGGCCGAGUCGAUGGCAAGAGAAACGAGAAGCAAAGAGGCAGAUGUAUUUAAUGAGUACGGAAAAAGCAGUGAGAUUGGGUGAGCGAAAAGAUCUUAAUUCUAUGUCAAAAGCUUUUGGUGGUAAUGGACAGUGCCAGAAGUGCUUUCAAAGUGGGCAUUGGACUUACGAGUGUAAGAAUGAGAGGGUUUAUAUGUCGAGGCCAUCAAGGACUCAACAACUUAAGAAUCCAAAGUUGAGGAUGGAGGUUUCGACUUCUUGUGAUUUGGAGAAUCCAGAAGGGGAGGAUGAGGAGGGGCGAAAGAGGGAGAAGAAGAGUAAGAGAAAGCACAGGUCAGAUUCGGAUUCUGGGAGUGACAGCGAGGCUUCUGUUUUCGAGACAGAUAGUGGGUCGUCGUCUGUGACAGGGUCGGAGUCUUCGGAUGAGGAAAGUAGUUCGGGGUGCAGUUCAUCUUCUUCGGAGGAAGAGAGGCGGCGGAGAAGGAAGAAAAGGAAGCAGAAGAAGAAGGAGAGGCGCAGGAGGUAUAGCUCGUCCUCCGAUGAGUCUUCUGAUUCGGAUUCGGGUUCAGAAUCUGAUUCUGAUGACAAGAGCAGCAGGAAGAAGAGGAGGCAUAGCAGGAGGAGAUGAAGAGAAUUAAUCAAGAACAAAGGAGCCAUUUGUCUUGUCUUGUGUGUCUGGCUCUAGGAUCAUGAGCUUCCCUUAUAUUGGACUCAGCUGUAGCUUUGGAGCUCAUACUGUGAUCAGGGGCCAAUGUGGUGGGUUAAGUAAAAUAAGUUAGCUGAGGUGUUUUCUUCGUGUGUUUUUGCAUAUUUUGUUGGUCGUGGUAGUUGCUUUGUGAUGCAAUUACGCUUGGUCGUAAUUGCAUCACUAAACUUGUAACAGUUUCUGUGGUUCCUAAACUUGGUUUUGUAAGGUAGUCAUGAAUAUGAUAUGUGAAAAUGGCAUGCCAUCUGCUCUUCUUUCAAA